AUGACUUCAGCAGCCGAAACGGAUCUCACUCCCUCGGCUGGAUUGGCCCAAACAAUCAGAGAUAAUUUUAUGGAUCUGAUGGGCUCGGUGCUGCAGUCGCUACCCGUAGUGGGGAUCGCCGAGCACUGCAUUGAGCUUUACAUGCAGUAUACAUUUCCGACGGCUCCGAUCGUCCAUGAACCCACUUUACGAGCCGUCGCCAGGCGAUUCUUUUCUGAAAUAGACGUCACAGAGCUGUUUAGAGCAAAUACCCACCAAGAAGAAGUUACUUUGAUGCGGAAUUUUGCUCUCAUCACUGGUCUCUGUGCCGCUGUUGCGUCGACAAUACCCCAGUCUAUCUUACAGUAUCGGGAAUUGAUUGGAAACAUAUGUCUCAAUUCAUCCCGAGAAAUGCUCAAGAUCAUUGAAGAUUUUGAUGUAGAACAUCCAAAUUCUACAUCAAUAUCCACCCGAAUACUUCACACUGUCGCCUUACAGAACAUCACUGGCACAGCACAGUUGGCCCGCGAGGAAACUUUCAAGAGCCAUGAUGCCCUUGAGGCCCAACUACUGCGCCACAUCUACUGGCAAAUGUAUGCAGCAGAUCAGGCAUCUGUAUGUUUGCGCAACCGCCCGUUUCAUCUGCACGAUUUGCUCUACGACGAAGAGCCAACAAUUGGUCGUCCGACAGCAGAGCUUUUGAUUCCUCAGAUUGACAUGAGCAAAGCAUCUUAUGACGAAAUAUUAGAAAGGCGUCUGCUCGUUGGUUUCUAUUUUCUUCCGCGCCUUUGGUCAUCCGCAGCGAGUCUAAUUUAUGAACUCAAAAUUCAUGGAAAAGGCAACCGAAAUGUCGAAAAGACACAACUGACCCAUUUUUACAUGGAAUUUCUCGAUAUAAUGGAUGAUCUUCCUACCUGGUUGCAGGCUGCAAAUAUAAUAAUCUCCCCUAACGAUGGAAAUGCUGCUCAAUUCCAGAAAACAGCUUUCUGGGUUCAGAGAUGCACAAUUCUGGUGACAUUUCAGUGUCUACGGUUGGUUAUUCUACAGCAAUGUAUUGAAAGCAAGUUAUGUGAUAUUAUGGGAUUGAAUGACCAGCCUCUGACAUUGGAGCUGACAAAGAUUGGGAUGAUCCACGACUUUGUGCAGACUUUGCAUGAUAUCCCAUUUGUUUAUUUGCAAGUCAAAGGAGAGCCGACAGUGGAAAGGAUUCGCCGAGUUGGGAGUAUAAUCUUAGAGAUCCUCGACAAUGCUAUCAACGAGAGAAUUCGUAUUCGUGCUGAGCAUUAUUUCACUAGACUCCUCGACAUACUGGCCCGAUUAGACUCCAAGUCCUCGGAUGUUUUAGUGGAACUACGGGAAUCAAGCCAAGCGAGAAUAGGGAUUCGUCUACAUGAGCAGUUGGCUCUAUGA